UUUUCGUUAGCCAACCACACUGGCGUGGAGUUCAAAACAAAACAAAGACGGCGUAUUUUGCAAAUAUCACGUAGAUAAGGAAUAUAUUUUCACUUAGUAAUUGGGAACAAUAGCUGCGCAAAAGGAACAUGUCAGCGAGUGAAGAAACAGUAGCGGACAGUCAGGUCCCCGAGAAUGUGGAGGAUGUGGAAUUCGUGGACAUGGCGUUCACAAAGGAGUUGCGUAAAGCCACAAAAGAUGUGCAUAAUCUUACUGAUGUUCUAGUGAAUGCAAAGUUCGCACUUGCCCUUUCGGAUGACGAGGUCUGGUACGAUGGACUCCUGGCUUUUUAUGAACUGUACAAAUUCUUUGAGACCCAUCUGCCGGAGCGCCUGCUGCCCAAAGAAUUCCACAGAACAGCGGCAUUCGAAAGGGAUUUCGCCUAUUUCUACGGUUCCGAUUGGAGGAAGGACUACGAAAUCCGCCCGGCGGUCCAGAAAUAUCUCGAGCACCUAGAGAAGAUUGCCGCACAGAAUGAACUCUUGCUGUUUGCCUACUCCUAUCAGAUGUACAUGGCUCUGAUGUCCGGCGGACAAAUGUUGCAGAAGAAGCGUAUGAUCGCUCGUAAGAUGUGGAUCUUUUCAAAGAACGAUGACGAGGAGCAGCAGAAACAGGCCGACAAGGAGGCAGAGUUGGCCACCGCCAGAGCUGCCGAUGGCUCUGUAGACAAAGACGACUUGGAGGCCAGGCCAAUGCCUGCCCAGGUUACCAUUUGUCCGCCGGGAUGUGAGGCCACAUAUUUUCCUGAGAAGAUCUCCGUCUUGAAGGCUAAACUAAGGCGCGUUUUCAACAAUCACUACGGAGCUUUUGACGAUGAUUUGCGAGCUUCUUUCAUUGAGGAGAGUCGUAACGUAUUUCGCUUAAAUAUAGAAGUAGUGCGGACCAUCAAAGGUGUGAAUCGUGCCAAUCUUAGGAAGCUGGCCCUCGCACUAAUCUUUGUGUCAAGUAUUGUAGUGGCCGUGAAAUUUGCUCUCAAGUAAGAAAAGUAGGGAAUACAAAUGUAAGCUCUCUCGGGCAAGUUAGAAUUGUGAUCACACAUUUAUUUAGUCGUUUGUUAAAUAGUAAAUAACCUGAAAUUUG